GACAGACAGAUGUUGGAUAACAGCAGGAUAACUCAGCAGCUCUCACGAGAAAAUGAGGACUUCCUUGUGGUUCAUGUUGAUUGUAAUGGGCUCAGGUCAAAAGUGCACUUGUUCUGAGACCCCCAAGGGGCAGGCGUGUCCCCCCUCUCCAUCCCGGUCCCUUCAAGCCCCUGCCGGGGGAGUUAUAGAGGUGACAACAGCGCGAGGUGAGGGAGAAGAUCUUCCAGGUGAAGGGAUGACUUCGCACCUUCAAGACCUCCGUAAUGACAGUGUCACAGUUUUUGCUUUCCUAAAUGAAGAUGCUCUUCUGCCGUGCACCUGUAUGAAUACAGAACCGAAAAAGGCACUUAAGUGGCAAACAGAAGAAGAUCAGUCUGAGUUGGUUUGGUCUAACAACAACUACACGGACAGAACUGAUGGCAUCUUCCAUGUUACCAGCACUCUUGAAUAUCUGACAGUGACCAAUUCCAGCUCAGAAAUUAAAUGCAACAUGGUUCCCUUAACUGGGGAGAUAAGUGCACCCCAACAUAACACAAAAAGCAAGACAGACAUGCUCAUUGGACUGGUCCUGGUAAUUGGACUGAUCAUGUUAGUGGUUUUCAUAGUUUUGUGCAGAAAACAGAUGAAUUUAUCUCGGAUGGAGCCACGCUGUAYGGACAUUGAGAAAAUGUGUUUCUGGAAGCGAGCCUCUUCUGAAGACACACCAUCAUGUCAGUGCUUAACUGACACGUCCCAUUCUACGCAUGGAAUGUGCGUCUGAAUGGGGAUUUCCUGCCAAGAGUUUUUUUUUACAUCAAGAUCGUUGAAAUUACUUUCAUUUAUGAAAACAACAGCUGAGAAGAAAAGCAAGGAUCAUCUCAACAUAUGUAUUAAGUUGAAGUUUUUAUUUUAUUUUUUUUCCCAAAAGUAAUGUGCAUCUGUCGAGGCCCGGCACGUCACGGCUAUUUCAUCUGCACAAUAUGAAGCAGGUGAUUUCCAUUGUUUUAAAGUGCUCCUGAAAACCCGUUUAUGCAGAAUAUGAGAUUUUUUGAUGUCUAAACAAAACU